GAUAGUGCCUAUCAUUCAUCGAUAGCGUUGUCAAACUGAAACUAUCGAUACUAUCUAUAGUGCCUUCGAUAGUUGUGCAGCUCUAUCGACCAAUGUCCGACCAUUUCAUCGACGUGUGCGUAAUCACAAAAAAGAAUUGUAUGAAAUUACUGAUUUUUAAUAAAAAAGGAGAAAUAGAUUGUUAUAUACAUCCAUAAUCUUAUCGCCAAGCAGAAACGUGAAUCUGAGUAACUUCCAUUCACGCGCAUUGGUCACACACAAUUUGAGGUUUUAACAUGAUUCUCUUGGAAAUAAAUAACCGAAUCGUCGAAGAUACCCUUAUAGUCAAAUUUCGCAAUGCCCUAUCUGGAGCCAAAGCUGAAUCUAUUGAUGUCCGGAUUGCAGACUUUGAUGGUGUGCUCUUCCACAUCUCCAAUGUUAACGCCGAUAAGACCAAAGUGAGGACUAGCAUUUCGCUGAAAUUUUAUAAGCAAUUACAAGAGCAUGGAGCAGAUGAAUUGCUGAAGCGAGAGUAUGGUGACUUACUAACAGACACAGAAGAUGGCUACAACGUGUCGGUACUUAUCAAUCUAGAAAAUAUACCUGCUGACUGGGAGGCAGUUGCCAAAAAAAUUGGUCUGCUUAAGCGAAAUUGCUUUGCUUCAGUUUUUGAGAAGUAUUUCGAUUUCCAGGAACAGGGUGAAGAAGGGCAAAAACGAGCCGUAAUCAAUUAUCGAAACGAUGAGACGCUCUAUGUUGAAGCCAAAUCAGACCGAGUAACAGUCGUAUUCAGUACGAUUUUUCGUGAUGAAGACGACGUGAUAAUUGGAAAAGUUUUUAUGCAGGAAUUAAGAGAAGGGCGACGGGCAUCACAUACAGCGCCACAAGUGUUGUUCUCGCACCGCGAGCCGCCUUUGGAACUGGCAAAGUCUGACGCCAGAGUAGGCGACAAUAUUGGAUAUGUUACAUUUGUUCUUUUCCCUCGACAUACUAGCAAGGAGACACGGGGUAACACCAUUAAUCUAAUACACAUGUUCCGAGAUUAUUUACACUAUCAUAUUAAGUGUUCAAAAGCGUACAUUCAUUCUAGAAUGCGCGCAAAAACUUCAGACUUCCUGAAAGUACUUAAUCGUGCCAGACCGGAAACGAAAAGUACGGAAAAGAAAACAAUAACGGGGAGAACAUUCAUUCGCAAGGAUUAAAUUGUGGACAAUGUCUAGUUGCUUUUAUAUCCGUAUAUUAAUUACACUGGAUUACAAAUUUUAGUUAGGUUUUUGUUCUCCAGACGCCACUAUCCAAUUUCAAUGUAGAAUUGCCCGGUGAUUCCGAAAAUCGAGUAAAUUUUUUUCUAUGGAUACGUUUUCAAGAUAUUUUCAAGUUACCGUUAUUCAGCUCAAAACAUAAAGUAGUUCCACUUAAUCACGCAUAUCUUACGAACCAAUUUAACUAUCUUAAAAGGAGAUACGUCAAAUCAAAGCUAGUGAAAUUCUCCAUAAACCAUAUA